AUGACCACUCUCAUUCCCCGUGAGCCUUACUCCGCCGAAGAGCUAGCCCGUCUCUAUCCGAAAGGGCUGAAGCUGCAAUUGGUGCAGGUGUUCCUUCGCCAUGGCGAACGCACGCCCGUGUCUUCGCGAUUCCAAAAUACAGGCUUGACUCCAUACUGGCCGUACUGCGGUGUCGCCCGGCAAAUGGUCCAGAUGGCCGCCAGCAAUAGGGACCUCUCGGCCUGGAACGGCUUCCAAUGGCGGCGAAAAAUGGAGGCUUUGGGGAACAAUGACGAGUCGGUGAUUGCGGUCGGUCCGGGUGGAGAGAUCGAGGCGAUGUGGCAAGUGAAAUAUGCCUACGAGCAGGAUGUUCUUCACGGCGAGCUCACCGAUAAAGGUCGUGAAACGACCUAUGCGCUGGGCCAACGCUUGCGUCAUUUGUAUGUCAACCAGCUGGGGUUCCUGCCCAAAAUCAAGUCCAACACCGAGGACAUGUAUCUGCGCGCGACGCCAAUCCCCCGCGCGCUCGAGUCGCUCCAACAGGCCUUCUGGGGCAUGUAUCCGGCCAAUGCACGCACGCUAGACUUCCCGCCACCCGUGAUUGUUGGCCGCUCAGUGUCCGAGGAGACGCUGUUCCCCAAUGAGGGCAAUUGUCGCCGGUUCCGACAGUUAGCACGGCUCUUUGCCGACCGCGCGGCUGCAAGAUGGAACGAGUCGGAGCAAAUGGCCUACCUCAACAGCCUUUGGUCUAAAUACAUGCCCGAGACCUCGCCCAAGGUCGCGGUUGACGCACAUCCCCGUCUCUCGGGGAUCAUGGACACCAUCAACGCAAGCGAUGCCCACGGACCUGCCACCAAACUGCCCGCCGCCUUCUACGACAAGAAGGGUCGCGCCGUCAUGGACCGCAUUGCCGUCGAGGAGUGGUUUGCGGGAUAUGCCGAGAGCAAUGAGUACCGUCGGCUGGGUAUCGGUGGGCUCAUGGGCGACGUGGUCGACCGCAUGGUCAGCACUGCUGUUGAGGGUGGCUGGCGCAGUGAAACCUCCGCAUCGGGGUCUGGCGACCCUGAAGCCGGCCAAGCCAUCAAGUUUGCGCUGAGCGGAUGCCACGACACGACCCUCGCCGCGAUCCUGUCCAGCGUCGGCAGUUUCCAGGACGGGUCGUGGCCGCCCUUCACAUCCUCGGUUGCCAUUGAACUGUUCUCACAGACCCCACGCGGUGAUUCCGACGCUGGCACGAUACUCGAGGAGUUUUCCAACCCACCCGUGGCAGCCAAGAAGUCCGGCGUUCUUUCAUGGUUCGGCGGAGGCAAGUCACCGUCUCAACAGGCCCCAUCUGAGACGGCACGCUCGCCUCUGGAGUCUUUCCCUGAAGACACCCGCGAAUCGUUGCGAAAACAUUACGUUCGUAUCCGCUAUAAUGACCAGCCCGUCCGGAUCCCCGGCUGUGCUGACCGACUUGAGAACCACCUGCCCGGCGAUGAUAGCUUCUGCACGCUGGAUGCCUUUAAGGCCAUCGUCGACAAGUUCACGCCAAAGAACUGGCAGAUCGAGUGCACGGAGAAUCUGGGCGAGGGUCUGUACGGUCCGGGCGACCGUGAGCGGGUUCCAGUGGGGUUCUAG